AUGUCAAAUAAGCAUUUCUUACCCAAAGAUGUGGGACAACUUGUACCUAAUUGUUUAAAGGCUAUUACCUAUCAAUAUGAAUUUCUUUCUCUUUUAGAAAAGGAACAGGUUAUUUACAACAACAAAUUUGAUCGUUCCAAGGUUGCCUUGAUUAGUGGAGGUGGAUCUGGACAUGAACCUGGGUUUUAUGGAUUGGUUGGUGAUGGGAUGCUUUCUGCAGUGGCACAAGGAAAUGUAUUUGCUUCUCCAAAUUACAAGAACGUUAAAGCAGCUGAGAAGAUUUGUCAUGAACUUGGUAGUUCUGACCAAGAAUGGGCGGGUUGUAUUUUCAUCUUGACCAAUUAUACGGGUGAUAACCUUUAUUUUGGCAUGGCAGCUCAGGACUUGAUUGCAAGGUAUGGUCCCGAGAAAAUCCGUGUUCUUAGAGUAACUGAUGAUGUCAGCGUGAAACAGAGCUCGAAUUCUUUAGUUGGAAGACGUACUUUGGCUGGUAUUUCCAUUGUAUCUAAGUUGAUGGGUGCAGCUUCUAAAGCUGGCUAUAACAUUGAUGAUGUUUAUGAACUUGGAAAAUCAGUAAAUGACUGCACUGCCUCUAUCAAUGCUGGGUUAGACCAUGUCCAUAUUCCAGGUUAUGACAUGAAUGUUGAUUUUGGUAAACUUGGACAAAACCAGUUAGAAAUUGGGUUGGGUAUCCAUAAUGAACCAGGAGUUCAAAAAUUAGAUUACAUUCCAACAAAUGAAGAAUUGGUUUCUGCUUUAUUGGAUAUGAUUUUGAACGAUGAAAGUCGUGGUUUUUUCAAGCAUUCUGAAGGUGAUCAAAUCGUUUUAUUGGUAAAUAAUCUUGGUGGUGUUCCUGUAAUUGAAGAGAAAAAUAUCUUGUUUGCCACGUUGGAAGCAUUGAAAGAGUUGUAUAUUGUUCCAUCUAGAGUAUAUACUGGAAACUUUGUUGGUUCAUUCAAUGCUCAGAUUUUUACCAUCACCCUUUUCAACGCUACCACUGCUGCAACCAAAACAUUUUCAACUGAAGAGAUAUUUAAGUUACUUGAUGCAAAUACAAAUGCUAUUUGUUGGCCAAAUUCUAAAUUCGCUACUAAUAAACCUAUUCAAAAUAACAGAAUCAUUCAAAACUUUAUUCAUUAUGAUGACGAAAUGUCUACCCAUACAGGUACACCUGAUGUAUUUCAUAUUGAUCCUAAGAAGUUGGAAGCUAUUGUCCGUACUGCUUCGGAAAGAGUUAUAGCUAAGGAACCAGAUUUAACUGAAUGGGACACAAAAUUAGGUGAUGGUGAUUGUGGUUAUGGUUUAAGAACUGGUGCUGAAUUAGUGUUGAAGAAAUUGAAUGAGGAUAAUAUCGCUGCUUCUGGCUCCAUCUUGAGAGUUUUACAUGUUGUUUUGGGUAUUAUAAAGGACGAUAUGGGUGGAACAUUAGGUGCAAUCAUUUCCAUUUUUAUGAAAUCAGUAGUUAAUAAGGUUGAAGAGGAAUUGAGAAAGAACCCCUCCCAAGAGGUUCUGGAUAUUUUUGCAGCUGCAUUAAGUUUUGGCCUUGAAAAUUUAUACAAUUAUACUAAAGCAAGACAAGGUCAUAGAACUGUCAUGGAUGUGUUAAUCCCUUUUGUUGAUUGUUUUAGUAACACCAGGAAUAUAUCAAAUGCAGUGGAAGUUGCCUUCGAAGCAGCUGAAGGAACUAGGAAGUUGAAACCAAAGCUUGGUAGGGCUACCUAUGUUGGUGGCUUGGAAGAUUUCACUGACUUCCCUCCUGAUCCUGGUGCUUAUGGUAUUUAUGAAGUGAUUUCAGCUCUUGCUUUAUAAUGUUGAAGUAGACAUAUGUUUGAUUUAUAGUCAAAUAGUAAUAGAAU